GCCCCCGCAGCUCCUAGGGUUUCUCCAUUCCCCUCCCAAUCCUCUCCCCAUCUCUCUCUCGCGCUCGUGCUCGUCCCCGCAUCCCUAACCCUAGCUGCGGCGGCCCAUGGCGGCCGAAGCGCCACCGUCGUCGUCCUCGGGCGCGCGGGCGCCGGCGGCGUCCGGCGGGGCGGCGUCCCCGGAGACGUACCUCGGGAGCCUCAUCAGCCUGACCUCCAAGAGCGAGAUCAGGUACGAGGGCGUCCUCUACAACAUCAACACCGAGGAGUCGAGCAUCGGCUUGCGCAAUGUGCGCUCGUUUGGAACUGAAGGGCGGAAGAAAGACGGAAUACAGAUUCCUGCUAGCGACAAAGUUUAUGAGUACAUACUUUUCCGCGGAAGUGAUAUCAAGGAUUUGCAAGUUAAAUCGUCACCACCGCCACCACAACCGCAACCAGCUCCCCUGCACAAUGACCCUGCCAUAAUCCAGUCACAUUAUCCUCAGGCAGCAUCGGCCUCUUCAAGUUUGCCUUCUGCUGGCGGUGCAGUUUUACCAGACCUCAGCUCUCAGGCAGCUCAAUAUGGGAUUCAGAGGCCAAGUUUUCAGAGUAAUAUUCCUUUAUACCAACCAGGCAAUGUUCAAUGGGGAUCUUCUGGUCCACCUCCUGCUGGAAGUGUUUCAGCACUUUCAGUCCCCCCAAUGUACUGGCAGGGCUACUAUGCACCUCCAGGCCUUCCACCUCACUUGCAGCAACCUCCUUUUCUUCAGUCCACACCAGGGUUAUCGGUUCCCCAGACUCUCCAGUACCCAGGACUGAAUCCCUCUUUACCAUCUGGGCAACAAAAACUUUCUGAACUGCAGCCUCCCUUGUUGCAACCAUCUGCUAGUGGUCAAGGUCCUACCUCAAGUAUCACACCUGCUACAACAGCACCUUCUGCUAGCUUAUUAGGUCCAGACACAUCAAAGCCUCUGCUGCCGAACAUGGUACCGUUGUUUACCCCUCCGGUGCCAUCUCAUGGUGCACCUCUUCCUUUAGCUAGUCAGCCAAUUCCCAUGACUGAAACUAGCGCAACAGCAUCACAGAGCUUAGCUUCUCUUGUUAGCAGUAAGACUGCCGUAGCACCAGGCUCAACAUUGUCCAAGACUGCUGUAGUCCCAGGGUCAACAUUGUCUAAGACUGCUGUAGUUCCAGGCUCAACAUUGCCAAAGACUGCUGUUGCCCCAGGCUCAACAUUGUCAUACCAAACAGCAUCUCAGGCAAUUUCUUCGACCGUUGCCUCAUCUACCCCUGCUGGCAUGGAGAUGCCAGCACCUUUGUUGGCGUCAUCAGGUCAACUAUUGCAGAAUGCUCCAUCCAUGCUUUCGUCAUCUCAGUCCAUGCAAACACCUCUACAUAUGAGCAACAGUAUUGGCAAGCCUGUUGACCCUAAACCAAAGGCUGCUGAGCCCUUGCUACCUGAUCCACCGGCACGUGCUUUGCCUGAAAACAAUGAGCCUAUACUACCAUUGCCAAAACAGACACCUCAAAAGUACAAUGGAGCUGGUUCACACAGCCAGCAGCAGCACAACUUUAGGGGCCGUGGAAGGGGUAGAGGCAGUGCGUUCUCGCAAUCUGUAACAAAAUUUACUGAAGAAUUUGAUUUCACGGCCAUGAAUGAGAAGUUCAACAAAGAUGAAGUCUGGGGUCAUCUUGGUAAGAAGUCCCAGUCUAGGGACAAGGAUGGUGAGUUGGGAGAUGAUGUGUUUGAUGAAGAUCUGCAGUAUGAGGAAACAGACAAUCCAGAGUUGGAUGUUAAGCCUGUUUAUGUCAAGGAUGAUUUUUUCGAUUCUCUUUCUGGUGGGACAUUUGGACGCGGAGGGCAAAACGGAAGACCAAGGUUUUCAGAACAGAGGAAAAUGGACACAGAGACUUUUGGUGAUUUCCCGAGGCACCGCCAGCCCUAUCGUGGUGGUGGACGUGGUUACCGUGGUGGAGGUGGUCGUUCCCGUGGGUACUACGGUGGCAGAGGCUAUGGAAAUACGGGAAGGGGUGGUGGCCAGGAGAACUACUACGGUGGUGGUGGAUAUGGUAACAUGGGCAGGGGUGGCCAGGAUAACUCUUAUCCUCAGCGUGGUUCAUAUGGAAGAGGUUGAUGAUAACAGCAGGCAUACCGUCCGAGUGUCCGUCAUAUAUACCCUGGUGUUGUAGCCCUUUUACCACCGUGCAUCUCUCGUACCAUUCUGCAAAUAAACGCAACUUGGCGUGUGCCCCCUGUGCCGACAUGGGGUCUGUAGGCAUGCAAUUCAUGUGGGUUGUGUACCCCCUUGCUGUGUAAGAGCUGUUGGUAGAUGAGCAGCUGGUGCUUCUAAGCUGCUGUGCCUCUUACUCCCUCUUAAGCGUGUACCGUGCGUCUGAGAUGUAGUUGUAUAGGCCCUGGUACACAGUGCUGUGCUUCGCUCAACUCUUUAGCUUUUGACUUGUAUUUUGCUUACUUUACUAGCCGGAUUACCUGUUUUGUACUCUUGACAAAAGGGUUCAAGCGAUUACCAGAAUUCAGAAGUACAUUGUAAAAGAACCAGUCAGGUACUUGUUACAACUGAUGAGAACCUUUUAUAUUUAGCUUGAGAAGGACACCUGGUGCUGUGUGAUAAA